GAGAAGCAGCGGGUCCAGGCUGAGAGCAACAUUCUGGUUUAGCCACAACAACAACAACAACAACAACAACAACAACAACACCUCCAGGACUGAGAUGCUGGUUCUGGACCGGACCGGACCGGGCUGACGUCACCAGGUCACGUGACCGCGGGGGUUCAGGAUGAGGCCACGCCCCCUCGGAUGUUUGUCAGACGAUGAAGAUGAAACCGACCAUGUGAUUGACAGCCGUCUGACCUUUGACCUCACGCUAGCUGCUAGCCGCUAGCCGCUCCCUGGAAACCCUUCACUUCCUGCUGAAACAGAACAGCGUUUAACGUGUGAAGAUAAUGUAGCGGCUAGCCGCGUGUUGGAGCCCCGAACCUUGACCUCUGAACUUUGACCUCUGGCCGAUGGGAACGCGGAAACCCCGAGACCAAAUGUGCCGCGUUAGCCCCCGGCGUUUACCCCAGCUGUGCGUUUGAGGCGGUUCUGACACCAGGAUGAACGGCUCCCUGCUAACGCCGCCCAGCCCGCGGGCGGCUAGCUCCUCCCCGCUACCGCCGUCGCCCUCCCCGUCCCCGUCGCCGCCGUCGCCCUCCCUGUUACCGCUGUCGCCGCGGCCGCCGCCGCUGCCGCCCCCGCAGGCGGCGCAGCAGCAACACCCGUCCUCGCUGUCGGAGACGCCCACGCCGUCGCCCUCGCCGUCGCUGAGCUGGACCGAGUUCUGCGAGCUGCAUGCCCGCGUGGCCGCCGGCGACUUCGCGCGGCACUUCCGGGCGUUCCUGCUGGAGAACCCGCGCUACGGCGCCGACUCGGCCGCCGCCUUCUGCCGCCGCUUCACCGACCGCUUCGCGCGCCACUUCCAGAGCGAGCUGGAGGGGGCGCCGCUGCCGCCGGCGUCGUCGGCGCGGGACGACUUAGCGAGCUGGGCGCCGCCGUCCGACGCCACGUCCCUGGAGGAGGAGGCGGCGUCGCCCCUGUCGCCCGGCGGCAGUUGCGGUGGCGGUUGCGGCGGCGACACGCCGCGGGCCGCGCCCCGGCCGGCCCCCGCACGGCUAGUGCUGGACGGCCGCGGCGGCGAGGACUCGUACGCCCACGGACACGUCCUGCCCCCGUCCUCGUCCUCGUCCUGCUGCUCCUCGGUGGGCGGGAACAACGGCCGCCGCGGCGAGGAUCGUAGCGGCGCCGCGGCGACGCCCGGCAACGGCAACGAGGCGCCGGUGGAGGAGGAGGAGGAGGAGGACGGCUGGCUCGGGGGGGAGCCGUCCUCCCUGGACCAGGACCAGGACCAGGACCCCGCCCACACCCCCCAGACCCCGCCCUCUUCUCUGACUCCGCCCCCUUCCAAAAGCAAGCUGAAGAAGCGCUUCUCGCUGCGCAGCGUGGGCCGCAGCGUGCGCGGCAGCGUCCGCGGCAUCCUGCACUGGCGCAGCGCGUCCAGCGACGCGGCGGCGAACCCCAACCCGCUGCCCUCCAGCUACAGCUACACCAUGGGGGUGCAGGACGCCGCUAACGCUAACGCCGCGGGGGCCAAGCGGGGCUCGGGCACGCAGCCGCCCACGCCCACCUCCUCCGCCAUGCCGGUGUCCCUGUCCAUGCCGCUGUCGCUGCCCCACUCCUCCUCGUCCUCGCUGCCGCCCUCGUCCUCCAGCAGCGCCACCUCGCUGUCGCUAGCGGAGGCGGCGCGGGACCGGCGGCGCAGCAACGGCGAGGGCGGCGAGAAGGACAAGUGGAGCCACCGGCUGGAGAAGCUGCGGCUGUCGCGCUCGCCGCCGCCGGUCUUCAUGCCGGCCUCGUCCUCCCUGCUGCCCCCGCCCAGCGGCGGCGGCGGCGCCAGGAAGGGCCGGCUGGUGCGGGAGGGCGGCGUGACCGUCAGCGCCUCCAGCGACGAGCUAACCGGGAGCCACGGCGGCGGCUUCGCCGGCUUCUCCUUCUCUCUGCUGCACCACGGCGACAGCAGCCCCGCCGCGGCCCCGGGGGGGCCCCUGGCCGCCGGGGGGGGCACCCUGCCCUGGAGGGGCGGCCGCUGGCACAAGUGCCGCCUCGUGCUCCGAGAGAGGGACCGCGAGGGCGGAGAGCGGGGAGAGGAAUAUUACCUGGAGUUCUUCAUCCCCCCCAAGUCGUCAAAGCCCCGUCUGACGGUCCCCUGCUGCUCCAUGGUGGAGGUGAGGAGCACUACGGCCCUGGAGGUUCCUGACAAGGAGAACACCUUCCUGCUGCAGGUGGAUGGAGGGACCCAGUACGUGAUCGAGACCCGGGACGCCGUCCAGAUGAGAGCCUGGCUGAGCGACAUCCGGAACGGCAUCUGCCUCAGUGAGCCGGAGGAUCCUGAAGGCUGUGGACCGUUGGACCUCAGCGGGACCCCGGACAUCGGAGACAGACUCUCACAAGUGUGUUAUGGAGGGAUCGACUCUCUCCCUCCGGAGCUGCCCCCCCGAGCUCCUCUGGACGAACCAGACGGCAGGAUUCUGGGAGGGGGUGGAGCCAGUCUGGGCACGCCGUUCGCUGAGACUCCCGACGCCACGGGCUCGUUCCUGUUCUCGGACCCGGCCCCCUCGGAGCAGGACCAGCACCCCCUCAGCGAGUGCCAGUGGUUCCACGGGACUCUGUCCCGGCUGAAGGCGGCCCAGCUGGUGCUGGCCGGCGGCCCGGCCAGUCACGGCGUCUUCCUGGUGCGGCAGAGCGAGACCCGGCGGGGAGAGUACGUGCUCACCUUCAACUUCCAGGGCAAGGCCAAGCACCUGCGUCUGUCCCUGAACGAGGACGGCCAGUGCCGGGUGCAGCAUCUCUGGUUCCAGUCCAUCUUCGACAUGUUGGAACAUUUCCGGGUUCAUCCCAUCCCCCUGGAGUCGGGCGGAGCCUCCGACGUCACGUUAAUCAGCUUCGUGGGAGCCACCGCCGUCCGCCAGCCAGACUUGACCAGCAGACCCCGUAGCCCCCCCCAGGCCCCGCCCCCCCCGCUGCCGCCGGGCCGGCCCCCGCCCCCGACUCCGCCCCCUCCGGAGAGGGGGAGCGACCCGGAGCCGGGCGGAGGUGAAGAAGGAGGAGACGGAGGUGGAGAAGACGGAGGGGAAGGAGGGGAAGAUGGAGGAGGAGGAGGAGGAGGAGGAGCAGCGGUGCCUGCAGGGACGACCGGAGCAGCGGCCGGAGGAGGAAGUGGAGCAGGAAGUGGAGCAGGAAGUGGAGGAGGAAGUGGAGGAGCGGCGGAGGACUGGGAAGAGAGGGAUGCUCCCCUCCGUCAGCUGGAGGUGGAAGAGGGGGAUGGAGCGAGAGCUAGAGCCGUCGACAACCAGUACUCCUUCUUCUGACGGAGGGAUGAGGGAGGGAGGAGAGGAGGACGGAGGGAGAAAGAGAGGAGUGUGUUUGCACCCGGCUGGAUGAGGCGGUGUCCAUUUUAGCUUCAUAAAACAGUGUUUUAUUCUGUUAGCGAGGAGCUACGCUACUAGUACGGAGCUACGCUACUAGUACGGAGCUACGCUACUAGUACGGAGCUACGCUACUAGUACGGAGCUACGCUACUAGUACGGAGCUACGCUACUAGUAGCAUAGCUAGUACGGAGCUACGCUACUAGAGGGGGAGGAGCUACGCUACUAGUAGCAUAGCUAGUACGGAGCUACGCUACUAGUAGCGUAGCUCCGUACUAGUAUGGAGCUACGCUACUAGAGGGGGAGGAGCUACGCUACUAGUACGGAGCUACGUUACUAGUACGGAGCUAUGCUACUAGUACGGAGCUACGCUACUAGUACGGAGCUACGCUACUAGUACAGAGCUACGCUACUAGUACAGAGCUACGCUACUAGUACGGAGCUACGCUACUAGAGGGGGAGGAGCUACGAUACUAGCGCUAAAUGGGGCGGAGCUACAUCAGCAGCUUCUCGACACCAACCAGCCCCUCGUUUCCUCCUCCGGACUCACCAGCCUCGAUUUCACCGCCGCCCGAGACUCCGGUGGGCCCUCGGGGGCCCAAACGUCUGGCCGGGGCCCAAACGUCCGGCCGGGGCCCAAACACACGCCGUAGACAUUUCUAGCGCAGCUAGCAGACCCCAAACAUCCGUCUCUCAAAAUCAUUAAUUUAGAGAUAAAUUAAAGACUGGAAGUGAUUUAAAUGUAGUUUUAACAUUUCAAGUUUCCAGUUUAAAAGGUGAAUCAAUCAGAACUGACGUCUGAAAGAAGUAAAAAAAACAGAACCGGCGGGAAAAUCCGCUAAAACUGAGCAGGAAAAACGUCUCCCGUAAUAAAACACUAACGAUUCUUCCCCAGUUUUAAAACUGUCUGCUAAAAUCUCCCAUGAUGCAACGCGGGAACCGGGUUCAGCUCUCGAGAUAACGCUGAUUUAAAACGGUUUGGAUUUAGCUCGUUUAAAAAAACCCAGCUCUUUCAGAAUAAGAGUUUUAAAACUUGUUAAUAAAAAAAAAAAACAAUAUUUUCAAAAUAAGGUACAAGUUAAAACAUGGUACUGGUUUUCAGAAUAAUAUAUCUUUUAUAAAUAGAGCAACGACUUGAACUUCCUGUCAAAAGCUUCUUUUCAAAAUAAGGUACGGAAUAAAGCUUGUUAUAAUAAAAAUGUGUUUUCAAAUUAAGGUACCGGUUCAAACUCACUACAAAAGCGCUUCCUGCUAAUGUUAUUUAUUGUUAUUUUGUUAAUUAAGUAACUUUGUUGAUCAGUUAUAAGCUACGAAGGGUUGCCAGGUCUGGCGUAAACGCUGCUCCAAGUCUGACAUUUCUGCAUUUUCACUUAAUUAUUAGGGCUUAACUGAAACUUUAACUGAGCUACUUUACACAAACUUCAAUAUUGAAAGGAUUAAACUUUAGUUGAGGUCACUUUUUCUUGUUUUUUCUUUUUUAAACUACUUUCUUACACUACCAGCACAACGGUACGGACAGAUUUGACCAAUUAAACUCACGUUUUAGUCUUAAAGUUCCCGCUGCUCGUCUAAAAACCGUUAUAAAGCACCAAGAUUCAGAAUCCUCAGACGUGAGGAAGGAAGUGCUGCUUUUGUUUCUUUGUUUUGUUGUUCUCUCUCCGUUGCUCGUUAGAAACGGAGCUUUAAAUGAUUCACGAUUCACACUGGAAGCUUGUAUUUUGAAGGAGACACCUUUAUCCCGCAUCAAAAGUUCGGCGGAUUUCAAAUACGACACGUUUUUGUCGGGUGGAGUUUGGUGUUUCUGGUUUAAAUCUGCUUGUUUAUCCGUCUUAUAUCCAAAACACAAAACCCUCCGCUGGUACAGAACGUACCGAGCCAAUCCCAGCUGGUCCCAUGACAUUUCUGCAUUUUCACUUAAUUAUUAGGGCUUAACUGAAACUUUAACUGAGCUACUUUACAGAAACUUCAAUAUUGAAAGGAUUAAACUUUAGUUGAGGUCACUUUUUCUUGUUUUUUCUUUUUUAAACUACCUUCUUACACUACCAGCACACGGUACGGACACAUUUCACCAAAUUAUCACCAAAACGACUUUAUUCUUGAUUUUAUUCUCGUAAUAUUACGACUUUAUUGUUGACUUUAUGUUGUAAUAUUACGACUUUAUUUUCAUAAUAUUACGACUUUAUUUUCAUAAUAUUACGACUUUAUUCUCAUAAUAUUACGACUUUAUUUUCAUAAUAUUACGACUUUAUUUUCAUAAUAUUACGACUUUAUUUUCAUAAUAUUACGACUUUAUUUUCAUAAUAUUACGACUUUAUUUUCAUAA